AUGAUGGAGGAUAAAGGGCCUCGUGUAGCCGACUACUUUGUGGUUGCUGGCCUCACCGACUCGUCCAAGCUUUUGGAGGAUGAGCUCCAUUUUGACGACGCCGGUCCGAAGUCUGUGAAACCCAAUGCCCCCAUCACCGAUGUUGCUGUGGUGAUCCGUUCCCUGGGUGAGGAGGUACCCCCGGGCUUCACCUGUAUAGAAAGCACUCCGUCAGGCCUCUCUGCAGAACUCAAUGGAGCUAGCCUCCGGGGCCCGCAGAUAUUCUUGUGCAUCAAGCGAGGCAGAGAUAAGCCUCCACUGACAGAUCUUGGGGUUUUGUAUGAGUGGAAAGAGAAGCUGAAGCCUGGAUGUCACAUCGUCCAGACCACACCCUCAGGUCGCCCUGCCAACAUCAGCAGCUCAUCCUCCCAACGCAUCUACAUCACCUACCGCCGCGCCCCUAAGAGCCAGCCCCACACUUCACUGGCUGUCACUGAUGUCUGCAUCAUCAUCCCCGGCAAAGGGGAGACGCCCCCUCACACCUUCUGCAAGGUGGACAAGAACCUCAACAGCAGCAUGUGGGGCUCAUCAGUCUACCUUUGUUAUAAGAAGUCUCUGGCUAAAGCAAACACAAUCGCAUGCAAAGCAGGUCUGUUGUGCAGGUACCCUGAAGAGGACUAUGAGUCCUUCCCACUGCCUGAGUCAGUGCCAAUGUUCUGCCUGCCCAUGGGGGCAACGAUCGAGUGCUGGCCAGCACACACCAAACACUCCCUGCCUGUCUUUUCAACAUUUGUACUGACUGGUGCCUCUGGAGAAAAGGUGUACGGAGCAGCGAUCCAGUUCUAUGAGCCUUACUCAGAGGAGCACCUGUCUGAGCGUCAGCGCUCACAGCUUGGCUUACCGAGCUCUGAUCUCGGACCUGAUGGGAGCAGAAACGUGUACAGCAACAAGAGCAUCUGUCUCCUCUCCCACUGGCCCUUCUUCCAGUCCUUCAGGAGCUUUCUCACUUUCCUCUACCGAUACUCCAUUUCUGGACCACACGCCCUGCCUAUUGAAAAGCACAUCUCUCACUUCAUGCACAAUGUGCCAUUUCCCUCGACUCAGAGACCACGCAUCCUAGUGCAGCUGUCUCCACAUGACAGCCUCAUACUGAGCCAACCUGUGUCCUCUCCACUGCCUCUAAGUGGUGGAAGCCUUUCUACAUUACUGCUGAAUCUGGGCCCGAAAAACGCAGCCACUCUGCUAGUGUUGGCUGUCACAGAGCACAAGAUCCUAGUUCACUCACUGCGUCCAGCUGUACUCACCAGUGUUACAGAGGCCCUCGUUUCUAUGAUCUUCCCCUUCCACUGGCCAUGCCCUUACAUACCCCUAUGCCCACUGGCACUGGCCGGUGUGCUCAGUGCGCCGUGCCCUUUCAUUGUGGGUGUAGACUCCAGAUACUUUGACCUUUAUGUGCCCCCAGCUGACAUCAGCUGUGUGGAUCUUGACACCAACACUAUCUUCCAAAAAGAUGACAAGAAGGCUUUAACAUGGAAAAUCUUGCCCAGGAGAGCCUGCAAACAUCUUCUAAAUACCCUGAAUAAGCUCCAUCAGCAGCUUACUGAGGAUGGUCAGUUUAACCGUGAAGAUGUCCAGAUUGAACAAACGGUGGCCGACAGCGAGCUCACCAGUGGGAAGAGCCUCCACACUCUGGAGCUGGAGAUCCAGGAGGCCUUCCUACGCUUCAUGGCAGCCAUCCUACGAGGCUACCGUUCCUACCUGCAGCCCAUCACCCAAGCCCCCUCUGAAAAGACCACUGAUGCCAACUCCCUUUUUGACCUCCAAGGCUUCCUCAAGAGCAGAGAUCGCUCCCAUCAGAGGUUUUACUCCCUCAUGACCAAGACCCAAAUGUUCAGCCGUUUCAUAGAGGAGUGCUCCUUUGUCAGUGAUAAAGAUGCCAGCCUGGCUUUCUUUGAUGAGUGUGUUGAUAAGCUAUUUACCACUGGAGGCAAGAUGGACAGUGAACGGCCAGAGGACACCAGACUGAUCGAACUGGAUGAAUCCCACCGCAGCGAGCACACCGUCUAUAUCAACCCUCCAGAGCUGCCUCCACUGCCACAGGGAGAAGAGCAUCCUCUGUGCUAUAGCUACUCUGGGUUCCCUGUGCUGAAUGCUGAGCUCCUGGAACCGCUGGAGGGACCAAAUCCUCCAUCAGCCGGCUUGGCUUCACGCCACAGCAGCCCAGCCAGCCCCACAGCCAUCUUUAGACGCUCUAAACAGGAGAUCAAAUUGGCUCAAAGGAUGGCCAAAACCUAUUCAUCUAUGCCUCAGAUGUGGUCCAAAUGUCUGCUGCGUCACUGCUACGGCCUAUGGUUCAUCUGCCUGCCAGGUUUUGUCAGCACCUGCCACUCGAAGGUGCGGGCUCUACGCAUGGCUUAUGAUGUGCUGAGGAAGAUGCAAGACAAGAAGCUUCAGGCUCCAGAUGAGGUGUGUUACCGUGUGUUGCUGCAGCUGUGUGGACAGUACAGCCAGCCAGUUCUGGCUGUCAGAGUACUGUUUGAGAUGAAGAAGGCCGGAGUUCAACCAAAUGCAAUCACCUAUGGAUACUACAACAAGGCGGUGUUGGAGAGCACCUGGCCCUCCACCACCCGAGGAGGCUACUUUUUGUGGGGAAAGCUGAGGAACGUGGUCCUAGGUGUGGUCCAGUUCAAGCAAGCAGGCAGAAAACACCAGACGCCGCAAAGAGAUCCCCAGCUCUCAGACGGCAGUGAUCUUGACACAGUCAGUCACGGCAGCUUGGACAGUGCUAAUGACUCUGCCGAGCGCACUUCCAUUGACACUGACUUCACUAAAAUGGACUCCAGUGAUGAUGGAUUUAGUACAGGUGGACAGUCAGACCAAGGCUAUGAUUCCUUGUCCAAAGAGGAGGAGAGGAUGUGCAGCAGAGAGAGUGACAGCAUGCCACUGCUGGAAGACAAAGGACCGAGGCAGUCCAGUGAUGGCAGAUUGGUUUCCAGUCCCUCUGGUGACACUGCUCUGUGUGGAGUUCUGCCAAAAUCAGAGCGACCAAAGUCUCUGGACCUGUCUAGUGGACAUGGAGCUCUGAGACUCGCCGUCCCUCACCUCACCUCAACGAAGCAGCACCAUCUAGCUGCUGACAGAUUGCAUGGAGUGGAGGAAGAAGAGAUGGAGUCUGAUAAGAGUAAACAGAAACCCCUAGUGGAGAGGAGCUGCAGUACCGGGACUGUGAACAGGACAGGUAUCGAGAUGGGGUUUGAUCCUCUGUCACUGAUGGUGACAGCAACAGUACAAGAGAGCGACCAGGGCAACAUCAGCACACCCACCGCCUCCCGUGAGCUCGCUGAGGAGAUUGAGAACUAUAUAAACAACACCAAUAGCCCUCUGAAGAGCCACACACCCAGUAUGCACUUGCAGAACCCCUCAAGUCCCUUGUUGCACUCUGCGUCAUCUCCUCACGCCUCUCCCCGACCCUCCACCCUGCUCCGCUCCAACACACAACUUCCACUGCCUGUUAAACCCAGGGAUCGGCUGAGGCCAUCACCGUCUCUUCCCCUGGGUGUUAGUAACAAAGAUAGGGAGAGGCCUUCCUCCUUGGUGUCACCCUCAUCACCCACUCCCUCCACCUCAUCGUUCUCCAUGGACUCCCUGUUCACACCAACUCUGGACAUCUUUAAGAGCAGCGUCAUAUCAGCAGGGAAGGGCGUGGCUGAGAAGGCUAGCCGCCUCUACUCCCGUCUGUCUUCUCAAACUUCGUUAACACAGGAUUCAAACUGUGACCAGAUUAGUGUAUCCUCACUGACCUCAGGAGAGGCAGACUGCUCCUCGCUUCUUGAUAAUGAUUCCUGUUUGGACCCAGAUGGCUUUACCUCCCCCCAACAUGGCAGCAUAUCUCGACUCAGGAGGAGCCCUAUUGUUGGUCAUACCAACCUGAGCAGCCCCAGCACCCCCAACAGAGUGUUCAGACACAACUCCUUCUCUGGUGGUUUGGCACUUCCAUCUAAAACUCCUCACACUCCAGAUUCCUCCCCGGACACCAGCCGCUUCCAACCCACUCCCAAUUACACCAUUGAGGUGCUUAUGUCUAGCUGUUCACUUUGUAAGACGUGUGACUGUCUGGUGUAUGACGAAGAGAUCAUGGCUGGCUGGACAGCUGACGACUCCAACCUCAACAGCACUUGUCCCUUCUGCGGCACAGCCUUCCUGCCUUUCCUCAAUGUGGAAAUCAAAGAUCUGAGACCUCAAAGCAGGUCUUCCAAGGAAAGUAAUCCUGUUACAGAGGAGGACACGUCUGUGUCACUCAAUCCCGAGGCCAAAAUGUCUGCAGCAGACAGGUCAGCUCAAUCACCUGCAGCUCCCCCGCAGGAGAGCAGCAGGAGUGCUGGGCCUGCUACAAUAUCUGCACCAACUUCAGCCUCUUCUCCGGUGACGGUGCCGUACCUGAGUCCUCUGGUUCUGUGGAAAGAGCUAGAGAGCCUGCUGGUGAACGAGGGUGACCAGGCCAUCUCCUCCCCAAGUGUUGUCGACCAGCACCCCAUCGUCUUCUGGAACCUUGUGUGGUACUUCAGAAGGCUGGAGCUGCCGAGUAACCUGCCGGCUCUUAUCCUGGCCUCCCAGCACUAUAGCCAUGGAGACCAGACUUUUCAGAACAUUUCGUCCGAGGACAGUAAGCAGGUGCUCGUGAGGAUUAUGUGGGACAACCUAAAGUUACACCAAGACAAAGUUCAACCCUGUUAUGUCCUGUGGAACACACACUGUGCUAACUCCUUAGUUCGCUCCGGGUUGUGUGAAGAAGGCCAGCUCUUCACAGUUGAGCUUCUGCAGGGUUUUGUGAGAAGUAUUAAGAAGAGUGAUGUCUAUCAGCCCAUGAGCCAGAUCAUCCAGCUCCUUGGACCAGAGCUGGGUUUCAAAAGACAGAGGAGCUUGUACAGAGAUUUAUUGUUCCUCACUCUGGUGUCUUUGGGCAAGAACAACAUUAAUAUUGAUGCAUUUGACCGGGAGUAUAAAUUGGCAUAUGAUCGCCUCACCCCUAACCUGGUUAAACUGACACACAACUGCGAUCGCCCCCCUGGAGCAGGGGUCAUGGAGUGCAGGAGGACUUUUGGGGAACCCAGUCUGUGAACUUCUUCUCUUCUUCUGUCACAUUAUGUUUUUCC